CAUCUACUUACAGUAUACCUAUAACCAGAGUCUCUACAUAAUACGUAUUUUUCGCGUUAAAACCCAAUUUUCUUCUUAAUCAUAACUAUGUUGAAAAAUAUUAGAACGUCUCGAGUAUCCAGCAUACGGCGAUGUUAUGGCCAAAAACCAGACACUCAAUAUGAUGCCAUCAUAGUUGGAGGAGGUCAUAAUGGUCUAGUAGCCGCUGCAUAUUUAUCCAAAGCAGGCAAAAAAGUAUGCGUUUUGGAAAGAAGACCCAUUAUUGGAGGCGCUGCUGUAACCGAAGAGAUCGUUAAAGGUUUCAAAUUUUCAAGGGCAUCCUAUUUGCUAAGUUUAAUGCGACCUCAAAUAUACAAAGAUCUCAAUUUAAAGAAAUUUGGUUUGAAAUAUUAUCUUCGUAAUCCUAGUUCGUACACACCUUUGAGAAAACCAUAUUGGACUUCUAAAGCUAAAUCACUGACUUUAUCGCAAGAUGCUGCUUUUAAUUAUGCUGAAAUAUCGAAAUUUUCUCAACAUGAUGCCGAGAAAUAUUUGCAAUAUGAGAAAAAAAUGGAGAACUUCGUGGAUUGCAUUCAACCUUUGAUGGACAUAUCGCCUUCAUCUUUGGCUAGGUUAUUUUCAAAAGAAGUUCCUUUGAUGACGAAAUUGAAUCUGAUUAAAUCUAAAGAUAUGAGAGACGCAAUUUCCGGAUUAUUGAAAUUAUCAACAUGUUUACCUUUCGCAUACGAGAUUAUGUUUACUUCUGCAGUCGACAUAAUGAACAAAUGGUUCGAUUCUGAACCUCUGAAAGCCACCAUAAUGACUGAUGCCUGCGUUGGGAGUACAUUGAGUCCAGAGACGAUUGGUUCAAGCUAUGUUUUGAUCCAUCACGUAAUGGGAGGUAUUGAUGAUCACAAAGGAGCUUGGGUUUACCCAGAAGGAGGUAUGGGAUCAGUCUCCAAAGCCAUAGCGAAUUGCGCUCUACAUCAUGGAGCUCAUAUAUUUACAAAUCAAAACGUUGUUCAAAUUCAUUUAAAUGAUCGUAAUGAAGUCGAAGGAGUUUCAACUGAAGAUGGCACAUUUUUAAAAAGCUCGAAAAUAUUGUCGAAUGCGACGCCUCAAGUGACCUUUCUUAAUUUACUCCCUUCUGGGUCUUUAGAUCCAAAAUAUGCUAACAGUAUUGCAAAAAUUAAAUAUCAAUCACCGGUCACCAAAUUCAAUGUGGCAUUAAAUAAAAUACCCAACUUUCUUUGUGAUCCAAAUACCAGCGAAAAUGCAAUCAUGCCUCAUCAUCGUUGCACAAUUCACUUGAAUUGCGAAUCAAUGGAUGUAAUUUUGAAAGCUCACGAAGAAGGGACUAACGGCAUUUUGCCAAACAAACCUUUGAUUGAAAUGACCCUGCCGUCAAGUUUAGACCCAACUCUAUGUCCUGAAGGUAAUCACGUGUGUUUAAUUUUCUCUCAAUACACAAUGUACAAUUUGAAAAAUGGCCAAUCAUGGGAUCGACAAACAAAAGAUGAAUAUGCCAAAUUGGUAUUCGAUUCGAUCGAAGAAUACGCUCCAGGAUUCAAAGAGAGCAUCGUGGGAUAUGAAAUCCUCACUCCUCCGGAUUUAGAAAAAAUAUUUGGCCUGACUGGUGGCCACAUAUUCCACGGAGAAUUGAGUUUGGAUCAAUUAUUUUUCAACAGACCGGCCAAUUGGAGCACGUUAUCACCUUACACGGCUAUUAAAGGCUUGUAUUUGUGCGGCUCAGGGGCCCAUCCAGGAGGAGGAGUAACAGGAUCCCCAGGAAGAUUGGCUGCUCUGUCUGCUAUUGAUGAUUUCAAAAAUAAAUAAUUGAAAAACCGA